AUGGCAACUUCACAACCCCCUCUCCGCUUUACCGGCCAUAAGAACUUUGUGUAUCGUUUGGUUUUUGCAACCUUGACUGGCCGUACGGUGCAUAUCUCUCAGAUCCGCCCUUCAUCUCCUACCAACCCUGGUCUUACUCCGCAUGAAAUUUCCUUUCUUCGUCUCCUAGAGGCUGUCACCAAUGGUUCCCAACUUGAAAUUUCUUAUACAGGAACAAUUGUGGUUUACAAACCUGGUCUUAUUACUGGAAGCAGUGCAGGAGCAGGCAGUGGUGGUGUGAUCAAACAUGAGCUCCCAGCAGGUUGUAAUCGUGGUGUGAGCUACUACCUUUUGCCUCUUUGCCUUUUGGCCCCGUUCUCCAAGGCUCCUAUAAAGGUGCUCUUUACCGGCCCUGGUGUGAUCACGUCAUCUACGCCAACCGGUGAUAUGUCCGUGGACAGCGUGCGAACCGCGAUCUUGCCGCUCUACAAUCAAUUCGGUAUAUUCAAUAACAUCGAACUUCGCAUCCUACGAAGAUCUAACCCUGGACAUAACGGCCGAGGAGGUGGUGGAGAAGUUCAGCUGGUCUUCGGCCACCAAGUGCGUCUCCCGAAAACUCUUCAUAUGAUGAACCCAGGUAAAAUAAAGAAGAUUCGCGGUGUAGCCUAUGCCGUCGGUGUCUCAGCUUCCAACAACGCAAGAAUGAUCACAACCGCUCGUGGUGUUCUCAACCCACUUGUACCGGAUACUUACGUUUUCUCUGAUGUGUCUUCCGCCCCGCUGGUUCCUGCCCCAGACAAGAGCAAUCCUUCGGCUAAGAAGAAGAUCGGUCUUGGAUUCGGUUUGUCGCUUGUUGCGGAGUCCUCAACUGGUUGCCUCUUUUCCGCGGAUGUGGCAUCCCCGCCUUCAGGUGGCCAGGCUCCCGAGGAUAUUGGAAAGCAGUGCGCUUAUCAGCUGCUUGAAACUAUCUCGAAAGGCGGUUGUGUUGCCCCCGCUGCAGCAGCGACCAUGCUGGGUCUUAUGACAAUGGGUUCAGAGGAUGUUGGCCGGCUUCAACUUGGCCGUGAUGUGAUUGCCGACGAAGGUGUAAUCCAGCUGGCAAGAGACUUAGCAAAAUUUGGCGCACCUGGUUGGGGUCUUAGAGAGGCUGCCGGAGAAAAUGAGCGUGGUGACGUCGUUGUCAGUGUGGUUGGACGGGGCAUUGGAAAUGUUGGACGGAAGGUUGCUUGA